CAACAGGAGCCCGCUGAGACAGGAUGCGGAUGCUGCCAGUCCAAGCUCUCGGGGAUCGAAAUUACAAAAAUAAGCAUGUUUAGUAGCUCAAGAUUCUUGGGAAUCCCAAGGUCGACUGUCAACGCAUAAGAAUCUGCGAAUUUCGGGACUACUCACAUCAAAGAAUAACUCAAGAACCACACACCCAAAAUCUCUCACUCGUAUCGCAGCUACUUUCUCGACAUUUUCAUCCUACAUUUACCAUUUAGAGUUUCAAUCCUGGCUGUCACUUUCAUACAAACAUGCCCGGCAGGAUCGUCAUCGUUGGAGCCGGAUUCGCAGGUGUCUGGAGCGCCCUGUCUGCCAAACGCCUCAUCAAGAUCCACGAACAGGGCGAAGCCUUCAAAGUUACCGUCAUAGCACCGCAGUCAUGCCUUGUCAUGCGACCACGACUGUACGAAGCAAAUCCGUCUAACAUGAGUCAAGAUAUCGGACCACUAUUCGAGGCAUCUGGUAUCGAAUUCAUCCAUGGCAGCGUCGAUGAUAUCGAUACCCACUCUCAUAUGAUAUCGUACAAGUCGCGUGCAGGCACUGGGCAACACGUCACAUAUUAUCGUCUCAUCCUUGCAGCUGGAAGCCCGGUUGUUCGACCACAGCAAGUACACGGACUCGAGCAGCAUGUACAUGAUGUGGACUCACUGGAAGGCGCAAUCAAGCUCGAAGCGCAUCUCAACAAUCUUGGAGCGUACCCAUCGAGCUGUGCUCGCAACACCGUUGUCGUAUGCGGGGCUGGUUUUACUGGAAUUGAGCUGGCGACUGAACUGUUCAAACGUCUCACUUUAAUCAAGAACCCGCGAAUAAUCUUGGUAGAGGCAGCGGGAGUGCUUGGUCCAGAGCUGGGACCUGGUCCUCGACCAGUGACCACUCAAGCGUUGGAUGAGCUUGGAAUCGAACUUAGACUCGGCUCGCCUAUUACGGCAGUCGACUCAGAGGGUGUCCAAAUCGCAUCCGGAGAGAGGAUCGAGACUAUGACGACGAUUUGGACCGCGGGAGUGAGAGCAACACUGUUGACGCAGACAAUCCCCGGGCCCAAGGAUAAGCUAUCACGCCUCCACGUCGAUCGUUACCUGCGCGCCAUGUCAUCAGAGCGCAUCUUUGCCACUGGCGAUGCUGCUUAUGCCGCCUCUGACAGCAAUGGGAAUUACGCACUGAUGUCCUGUCAGCACGCGCUUCAGCUUGGUCGUGUCUCGGUCUCGGGAUACAACGCUGCUGCAGACCUCUUGGGAAUUCCCCUGUUCGAGUAUAAACAGGAAUCGUACAAUUGCUGUCUUGAUCUUGGAGCAUGGGGUGCUGUGGUCACGAGUGGUUGGGAUAGAAAGAUACACCUCUCGGGGGAGUUGGCAAAGCAGGCAAAGAUAUUCAUCAAUCAAAGGUUGAUAUACACACCUGACGACUGUCAACAAGCACUAUAGGCGGCUAAUCCCGUCAGACCCGACUCUGACGAAUUAUUCAAGCAAAUCAUGGAUGCCGCUCAACGACAGUUGCACUAGUGGGCCUAUUAUUUAUGUAGACCUUGGUGUUCAGGUUCUAAUCCGAAGGACGGGCCUGCCCUAACCUAGUCUAAAGAGUCUUCCAUCUAGCAUUUGAUCUCUAGAGACUUUUCUCUACC